GCACCGCAGGUAAAAAAGGCAGUAGCCCCGCCUACUCCUCGCGUCACUUCCGGCCCCACAAAAGAGGGAAGAUGGCGGCGCCCUGUAAUUCGGAGCUUCCGUCCGAGGCUUCGUCUUGUUUAAAAAUCCCGAAGAAUGAGCUUAUAUCACCGCCUUCCCCAGGUCUUAGUGAUGGGAACCGAUCCCUGUCCAACCCUUCCACCCCAAGCCGCUCGUCUCCUCUUAAUGCAGGGACGCCCGGUGCGGCUCCCACAGGCCUGAGUGGGGCAUCCCCCUCGGUUUCUUUCAACACGGCAUGCCGGGGGAUGUCCUGGACCCCGGCAGAGACAAACGCGCUGAUUGCUGUGUGGGGCAACGAGCGGCUUGUGGAAGCCCGGUACCAGCAGUUGGAGGGGGCAGGCACCAUAUUUGGAACAAAGGCACCGGGGCCCGCUAUGUACGAUCGGGUGUCCCGGGCACUGGCGGAGCUUGGCUAUGAGAGGACCCCGUCCCAGUGCCGGGAGAGGAUGAAGACUCUCCGUCGGUGUUACAGUCGUGUAAAAGAACGAGGUGUGGGUAAAAGAAAGAGCAGCUAUACAUUUGAACAGUUGGAACGAGUAUUUGGUCAAGGUGGAUGGGACACACAGCCCUGCCAACCUGUGCUAAUAAACAGCAGCGGUCUUUACCAGGAGAUGGAAUCUGAUGGAAGUACCAUGGAAGAUUACUCACAAGAUGACUGGGGAAACCACAGUCAGGAUUUACAAGGAUUUCCAGGAGAGGAUUUAGCACCGUGGGUUGUCCAGAAGCCAUCUUUGCCAUGUCCACCGAAUGAUGGUUUCUGUCUCCCCUGGCCAGCUUUUACUCCUGAGCCAUGUGACGUCAUGGAAGAAGAAGAAAUCAGUAUUCCAAAGCGACCAGUGAAAAAUCGAGACCCAAUAGAGGAGACACAGAAGAGAGAUAUUUUGCAAACCAUUAUGAACAUUUUGGAGUCUGUUCAGCUGAAAUGGGAACUUUUCCAAAGUUGGACAGAUUUUUCAAGACUUCAUCUCUCUAAUAAAUUAGCAAUUUUUGGCAUUGGUUACAACACCCGAUGGAAAGAUGACAUAAGAUAUCAUUAUGCUGAAAUAAGUUCGCAAGUACCCCUUGGAAAACGACUUAGAGAGUACUUCAAUCCAGAGAAACCAGAAGGAAGAGUUGUUAUGACUAGAGUGCAGAAAAUGAAUUGGAAAAAUGUUUAUUAUAAAUUUCUGGAAAUAACCAUUAGUGAAGCAAGAUGCCUUGAACUGCAUAUGGAGACUGACUGGAUACCUAUAGCUCACUCCAAGCCAAUUGGAGGAGACAUUGUCCAAUACCUGUUACCUGGCGGCAUUCCAAAAAGUCCUGGCCUCUAUGCCAUUGGGUACGAAGAUAUGCGUAACAAAUCAGUCAUGGAUGAUGGAGUUGUCGACUUAGUUAAUGAUGGUAAUUGUGAAAGCCCUGAAGAGCUUGCCUCAAAGUCUGACCCAAUAUCUACCAAAAUUAACUAUUGCUAUCUUGGCAUUGCAGAGAGCAUAACUCUUCAGCAGUGUUUAUUUUUUCAUUUUCAGUCCACUAUCAAGAACCAAAGCAAAGAGUGGGCAAGCAUCAAUGGAUUCUUAGCGCAAAACUGCAAGGUAGAACCUGGAGUGUCACCUAAAACUAUCUACAUCAAAUUUGUUGAAGUGGAAAGAGAUUUUCUUUCUGCUGGGUCUUUAGUUGAGUGCCUGGAAAAAGCCAUUGGGUACCCUUUAAAGUUCAACAAAUGAUUUUUAUCCUUUAUAAGGAUUGGGGCUCUACAUAUAAAACUUCCCAUUACACCAGGGUCUCCGUGAACUGUGAAUAGUUUUCGUUUUUUUUUUUAAUUACUAAGAAAACCGCUGUUUCAGAAAUUGAAGAAUUGUCCAAAAACUGAACUGGUUUUGAAGAUUUUGUCCUGAGCAAGUGGAGCAUUGUGUAUGAAUUAACAGUGUUUUAUAAAAAAAGAGAAUUUUAUUGUAGAGCCCUGAUAUAAAUUGCUGUACGUACAUUCCACAUUGGACAUAGCUUAUAUUUCAUUUUCAAAGGAAAUACUGUAUUUUUUUUCACGUUUCAUUUUUACAUAUCUGUGUGUGUUUAAAAAAGCUAGAAUGCAUAAAGAAUGACAUUCAGCCUUGAUAUUGACAAAAAGGUUGGCUUGUUAUAACCUAAGUAGACAAUAUUGUAUAUAAUUUAGAUAAUCACUUUUUUACCCAUUAAGUGUUUUUACUAUUUCCAACCAGUGUUGCCUGCGAAAAACUUUUGUUUGUGAUGUACUGUAUCCACUCUUAGCUGUGUUGCCAUAUCCAUUUUUUAAUCAUUAAAGUAAGUAUUGGAUUAUUUGUGUUUUUGUUAGUUGGCAUUUUAUGGAAAUAAAAGACAAGUGCAUUCUGAUAUAUACUUACAGUAUAAACAAAGGCUUGUAACUUCCAUACAAGGUAUAAAAUAUUAAAAUGUAUAAAGUAGACUGGUCCUUAUAUACUAAAUAUGGUAUGACAAGAAGCCAAAUCUAUGUGAGCUGCUUUAACAUGUUUUUUAUAAACUUGAAUUUGAAAGUAAUCAUUUCAUAGCAUUUAGCAAUCUGCAAACUCCUAGUUAUGGGGUGUUUUUUGAUCAUAGAUUAUAGUUUCUAAUAGCAGUGCGGUUAAUUCAUACUGCAUACUUGUCUGUACACCAGUGAAGGUUGCCAGUGCCUUUGUUGAGAUUGAAAUAUAGAACAGGUCAUUCAAACCGCAACAUAUAUGCCCACAUAGUUUGUGAUACGUUUUUAUUUAGGGAAGUAGUUGUCUUUUGAGUUUAUCUUAUUAAAAUACAAAAACACAAUGUGUAAAUGUGUACUCCAAGAAAGUAACGUUCCAUUUGUUUGUUUUUCUUAUUGUUCAAUUUUUAUUGCUUAAUCUUCUUGAAGUUUUUAUGUCUGAGACAAACAUUUUUGACCUUUUUUAAAGGAGACCCAGUUGUAUUUUUGUUUGUAUUUUAAGGGCUGUCUUGCAAUGUCCUGAGUAUUUCAGUGUUUGAGUAGCUGCUAGCAUCAUAUUUAAAUGUAUCUUUUUUACCCCCUUGCCCUUACUGAAGCAGUAUAUUUUGUUUCACUUUUUUUCUGACUGACUUUAAGCUACUGGGCCACAGUUUAAAUGUCUUGAUAUUAAACUCAACUCGAUGUUGGACAAAAUGUUAAAUUACUGAGUUUUCACUUUCUUACACCUCCAGUUUGUCAUUAAGUGGAGCUGCCAUGUUUGGCCCCACCAGCCUCUUGGGUUGCUGUGUAACCUUAUCUUCACUGUAAGUGCGAAUGUAUAAAGAUGUCAUUCAAAAUAAAAAGUGAACAGUUUGUUUUAUAUCCU